AGGGCUUUUCUGUGUUCCAGGUCUGCAAUGCAUGUAACAUUGACCUUGACGUAAAGAACCUGGCUAGGCUCUGUGAAUUGGUGUCCUCACAGGCAUUAGAAGGCAAACACGUGGAUGACAUGAAGGCAGCCUUUGCAACUCCAGCAUAUUUGGUCUGUGGUCUGAUGAAUCACUGUGCGAAGAGGAUGGUGUCAGAGGUGGUGCUGCUGGUCCCAUUGCUGCACACCCUCAGGCAGCCAGGAGCAGACUCACACAGGCUUGGGCCCGCUGUGGAAGAGAGCAGCUGGGCUGGGUUGGAAUGUGUAGUGUACAGUUCCUUUAGAGAUCGACUCAGAAGCUUCCCUGACAAGAGAAGGAUAAUGAUGGAGUUGUUGGGCUAUCACAAGUCAUUGGUCCAGGAGAGGCCUCACAUUUUAAUCAGCUGGCUGUCUAUGGUGGCCUUGGAGGACAUUCCUGAGUUUGUUACGCUGACUAAAAUCACCCCAGAGUAUGUGAUUCAGAGCCUGCUAUACAGACUGAGGCAGUUUGACCAAAGGCUGGAUAAUAAUACAACGCCCAAAGUCCUUGAGGUGACUGAGAGCAUCCUAUCACUUCUGCUAAAGAGACUUGAGGAGGACAAAGAGAGGAUGCAUGGUUCUGAGGUGGUUGAGUCUGUUCUGGAGUGUUGCGUCCGUGUACACAAAAGUGUUUGUCAAAUGGCGCGGCUCGUCUCCUCGUGCAAAAUGGCAGUGUUAUCUUUCCAACUUUUAUUGAAGGUUGCUGAAAUGAUGGACGUGCAGAUUGUGAAGGCUAGUGAGGACGAGGAAAGCACAGACAAACAGGCCAGGCUCACUGUUAAACUUGAACACAUUCAGCAGGAAUUCAGUCAUUGGAGAGACAAACUUCUUCACUUACCAUUGCUGAAAACCAAGCAACUUUCUUAUCCUAAAGAAAUAGAGCUGUGGGAUGCCUUGUUUUGGGUGGAGUGCUCAGUGAAAGGUGUCGCAGAUCGAUGGAGGAGUCGACUGGAGAAGGACCUGAGGAGGAGGAUAUGCCAGAUUCAGGAAAAUGACAGAGUUGCCAUUUGCUGCCUGGAGACAGCUGUCACAGCUAUGGAGAAAAAGCAUGCAACCAUCAAGAUCUGCUUCAAAGACUCGUGCUUAGCAGCGAUCAAGAGCAUUUGCAAUAGUGGGAAAGAGGGAGACCUUGUGAAGCAUCUCCUUUAUUGCUCUACUGCGCUCCCCUCCUGGAUCCUGUCUGCCAUCCUAUUGGAGUCUUCGGCGCGUUACACCGAAAAUCCAAUUGGCCAGCUGUUGGAGCCUCAGUCCGCCAUUUGCCAGAUUCUGUCUCAAGGCAGCCAGACGUGGUCAUUGGAUGAUGAGGCUAGUGCAGUAAUACAGGGAUGCCGGACUGCCUUUGGUGACCUGCUUAAAGACUUGUAUCAGGGUGAUGUUUGCGUUGGCCAUCUGAAAACCACCUUGAAAAAUCGAGACAACUUUAAAAGACUUUAUAGUCAGUCAAGAAGAAUUUCAAAGGAUGAAGUAUUCUCUCUUGAUCCAGAGAAACUGUUACUUCUUCGAGAGAAAGACCUCAAGGCUUUCAAUGAUCAGAAAAUGCACAUGGAUACUCUCAUCAAGAUGAUGGGGAAGGUCUCAGAGGUCAUUGCUGCACCAGAGAUGUCUAUCCUUGAGCACCACCACAGGGCUGACCUGGACUCAAUUGGACUGAAUAAACUGGUGUCGCUUCAACCAUUCGAUUCUGAUGAACAGCGUGACCAGGUGCCAUCCAGGUUGAUUUUAUGGUACAGAACAGAACCUGAGGUUUUACAGAUGGCCAGGGAAAUGUUUGAAGUGCAAGACAGCAGCCUCAUCUUGAGCUACUGGGAAGAUGAAGCAACGUCAGUGGCAUCAUGGGUUUUGAGUGAAAGGCCAGUGGCUGUCACCCUGUCUCACGUCUGUAGCGAAGUCUGGGAUCCUUGUUUGCAGAGUUUCCAUCAGCUUGGUCGGAGGAUUGCCAACUCAUCUGUGACUUUUGAGGAGCUGGAUAGGACUCUGAAGAGGGCAGGAGACGAGGGCAGCGGUGACCAAAUCCAAAAGGAGCUGGUCCUCCUGGAGCGCAUCCUGGUGGAUCACAAAGAUCUGACGGCAGGAUGGGCUGACCAGAGACUUCAGCAGAUACAGCAGUAUCGACAGCUCCAUGAUGCAUCAGAAUCUGCCAAUGUUAUUUUGAAGAUGAGAGAAAGAUUGAGGUUGGCAGGAGACUUUCAGAAAAUCCACUGUCUCACACAGCUGAGAGAAGCGUCAUUCCAACAGAGGACACUGUCAGCACUGAGUGAUGAGCUCAUCAAUGCUAAGCAGUUAUUGUCCAAAGUCACUACCCAGCAUACAGUCAGCCUGAACGCAUUUCUAGACAGUCAUGGUUUGGUUACAUGGGUCAAAGAGAAUCUCAAGAACCUGAGGGAUCUGAAGGUCUUUGUGGACUUGGCUUCAAUUUCUGCUGGAGAGAAUGACACAGAAAUCGACAAAGUGGCCAACUUCCAUGAUGCUGUGAUGGGCUAUAGUCCACUCCUCUACACAAUACGUCCCACAUCAGGAUUUGCGGAAUUCAUGGCUUGUGCCCAACCACUUUGGGACACCCUGAAAAGAGAUGAGAAGCUUCCAGAGAAACUACGAGAUUCCCACCGUUGUCUUGACUGGUUGAAAGGGUUGAAAGAGACUCAUGGAUCGGUGGAACAGUCCUCUCUUUCUCUUGCUUCAGAUAUCAAUAACCAUGGGGUGUACCAGGUGCAGAGGUUUCAGGACCAAAAUGGCAAGGAAUGCCUGCAUAAUAUGCUUUUAAUGAGAGUGAGGAAGGAUACUGGGAGCAAGACAUACAGACUGGAUGAAUUGCUGGAACUACAGAACAAGCUCAUGCUAAUGUCAUCAAAGGGAGACCAUGGGAAGGAGCAAGUCAAUAGGUUCACUCAGGUAUUUGAAGGAGUUCAGAGACUGGCUGGUAUCCUUCUACAGAUCCAGUCUGCCGGCAACAUCCUUUUCCGGGACUUGGAAGCCGUAGUCCAUUGCAGCCAAAAGAAGCAGCCCUGCAUUCGAGUCGAAUUCAGUCUGCUACAAAAGCAUGUUGUCUAUGAAGGAGAGGUCACAGAAAGCCUGCAAGAGCUUAGCCGCUCCAUGGAGGCUUGCUACAAGGAUUGGUGUGGCUUUUUAUCUGAGAUACGGUCACAGUUUCCCACACUGAACCACUUUUCCUCGGAACAGCUGGUCUACUUGAGCAAAUCAAUCCACAACAUCUGUACCAAGCGUGUUUCUGUGCCACAGCAGGUCUGGCAUCUACUGGCCCCCAUUAAAUCAGGCUGUACAUUGAGUGAUGUGAGGAAGGCUUUCAGUAUGGCAACAGUUGUGGAAAGCGCCACUUCAGAGCUUUUAGAUACUGAGGAAAGCAGUGAGGAGGGUAGUAUGGAUCGCAUUGUUGAUAUGUCUGAAGAUGAAGUGGAAUAUAGCAAUGAUGAAUCUGAGCAAGAGGAAUGGACAGAAGACUUUGACUCUCAACCAUCAUUUCAAGCUCAUGAUGAAAUAAUGGACAUGGACACUGUUGAGAGGUUGGAGGACCUUUGGAAAAGUUUCAAAGAGGGCAUGCCAAGAUACCUAACAGAACAAAUAGACCUCAGAACCCUGGCAAAUUUCCUGACUCUCCUCUCUGAGGUGAAUGAACAUCAAGUCAAGCGGAAACUACCUCCUGGUUUUCAGGAAGGCAGGCCUAACCUUCUUCUUUGCCCAGCAACCGAGGUGCUUAGAACUGCCCUGUCUGUUUACAUGGAAAGCCCAGACCAGACCCUUCCGUCCACUGAUGAAGUUCUCAUGUGUCAGGGAGACACCACAGAAGAGCAAGUCGAAAUAUUUCUGCGGCGAUGCCUCACAAAGUGUGCUGUUAGGGAUCGUCAGAAGAUCUACACUCUGAUAAAUCCAGACCUCCUGCCUUAUGAUGUGAGUGUGGCCUUGGGCGAGUACUUUGAGGCCUUUGACAAAACUGCAGGUCCUCACUAUCGUCUGGUGAUGGUCUGCCCCGUGACACACCAGGGUAGAUAUGUUCCAUCUUUUUUCAGCAGCUACAAAGUACAGGUUGGAUUAAGUUCCACAGCUGAUAAAGCAAAAAGGUACAUCCAUCAGCACUUCAGUGUUCCCUCGCAGUCACACCAUCUCCAAGAUGUCUACCCAGCUAACCUAUCUGUUUGGAUCAUAUCAUCAGAACGCCCUGCUGUUGGAAAGUCCCUCUACGUCACCCGUUUGUUUGGGAGAUUCCAGAGUGAAUUUCCUACUGCUCAGUACAUACGGAUCAGUCUUAUAGAGCCACAAGUUAAUGUGAAUGCAUUCCUGAAGACAUUAACUGAGAAACUCAAUCACCUGAGAGAGCAAGACCCUGUUCUUUUGCACAUUGACACUGCUGCUGUAAAGCUUGGACUGGAGGAGUUCUUGUUCCAGUUCCUGAUUCUAGGAUGUUUGAGUGACAGCAGAGGAAAUCUUUGGAGAAGAAAUGCUUUUCAUCUCAUGUCAGUUGAGGUUCUGCAACCACACUCUGUUUUCCAUGAUCAAACACCAAAAAAAGAGACAGGCUUUCUUUGCACAUUGCCCACCAUCCACUGCAGACCACCUAAAGAGGUCAAAGAAUUGGAAUUGAAAAUCAACAACAGACAGAUGCUGAGAAAUUUGGACCCUUUAAUGGAUAACCAGGAGUUUCAAAGCGAAGGGAUUCAAAGGCCAUACCAAUUUCUGAGGAGAUUCAACCAAAACGCAAACUUGGAUCGUUUUAAAUAUGAGAAAGAGUCUGUAGAGGGAAAUCAUGUUGACUGCCUUCACCACCUGCUGGCCAACUGUGGUUUGAAAGACCCAUCCUGGGCUGAGCUGAAGCAUUUCACUUGGUUUCUCAAUUUGCAGCUGAGAGACUGCGAGAGCUCUAUAUUUUGCGAUGCAGACUUUCUUGCAGACCAUUUGCCUGGAUUUAAGACCUUUAUUGUGAAGUUCAUGAUCCGAAUGUCCCAGGAUUUUGCAUCACCAUCCAUGGACAUCUCUGACCAGAGUGCCGCUCUUCUCAGCACUGGUGAAGAUCACCUUCUGUCUAGUCUGACCAUACGCAAACGAUGGGAGACUGAGCCUCACCCUUACAUCUUCUUCAAUGCUGAUCAUAUGUCUAUGACUUUCCUGGGAUUUCAUGUGGAGCAAAACCCCAGGAACAACCGCCUCAAUGCAAUCGACCCAGUGACCAAAAGCGUAUUGGUGGGAGAUGUGAUGUCUCCAGAGCUGUUUGUAGGUCUAGAGCGACAGCGGAUCUCUCUGCGAGAGGAUUUUGAUCUCUUGCCUCGAGAGGACAAAAUCCAGCGAAUUUCCUAUGUUGUGGGUGCAAAAAUGGGUUGGGUUAGAGGCAGAUUCGAUCCAGACCCAUCCUACGAGCUCACUGCUGAUAAUGUGAAGAAGAUGUUGGCCAUCCACAUGAGAUUCCGCUGUGGAAUUCCUGUGAUCAUCAUGGGGGAGACUGGCUGUGGCAAGACGAGACUAGUUCGCUUCCUGUGUGAUCUUCAGAGAGAAGGCAGAGAUGUCAAAAAUAUGAAACUUGUCAAAGUUCACGGAGGUACCACAGCAGAGACCAUCUACAGAAAGGUGCAAGAGGCUGAAAUAUUGGCCGAAGAAAAUCAAACAAAUCACGAGAUAGACACUGUUUUGUUUUUUGACGAGGCCAACACAACCGAAGCCAUCUUUGCCAUCAAAGAAGUGCUCUGUGACAAGACAGUGGAAGGAGUCCCUUUGAGAGCCAACUCUGGCUUGAAAAUCAUAGCUGCAUGCAAUCCCUACAGAAGACAUUCCCCAGAUAUGGUGACACGUUUGGAGCGUGCUGGCUUAGGAUACAGAGUAAAGGCAGGGGAAACUGAGGACCGACUUGGCCAAGUCCCUCUGCGGCAGCUGGUUUACAGGGUUCACCCCUUACCUCCAAGCUUGAUACCCCUAGUAUGGGAUUUUGGGCAGCUGAGCAACUCGGCUGAGCUUUCUUACAUCAUUCAAAUAGUUCGGAAGCAAUCCCAAGACAACAGUUUGCCACUGACGUGUCAGGAAGUUAUUUCUGGGGUGUUGGCAAUCUCUCAAAGAUACAUGCGCAGUCGAGAAAAUGAGUGCAGUUUUGUCAGUUUGAGGGAUGUAGAGAGGUCAAUGAGAGUGCUGGUCUGGUUUUACGAUCACAAGGAUCAACUUUUUCAUGACUCUGACGAAAGGAACGCUGUCCUGAUGACUCUGAAAUGCCUUGCACUUGCAGUGGGAGUUUGUUAUUACCCAUCGCUAGAGUCAAAAGAGGAGUAUCUGACCGCUGUCAGCCAAUACUUUCCAGAACCACUCAACACCAAAAUUGCCCUUGAGCGAGAAAUCCUCUCAUGUCAGGACUUGUUUCUCAGUGAGAUUAAGCCAAGAGAAACAAUAGCCAAAAACAUGGCUCUGAAAGAAAACGUCUUUCUCAUGGUAGUCUGCAUCGAAUUAAGAAUUCCACUUUUCCUGGUUGGCAAACCAGGAAGUUCAAAAUCUCUUGCCAAAACUGUUGUUGCUGAUGCCAUGCAGGGCCAGAAUUCAGGCGGUGAGUUCUUUAAGCAACUCAAGGAGGUUCACAUGGUCUCCUUUCAGUGCAGUCCCCACUCAAGCCCUGAGGGGAUCAUUGGAACAUUCCGGAAUUGUGCCCGUUUCCAGAAGGAAAAGGACAUGGAUGAGUAUGUAUCAGUGGUGGUGCUGGAUGAGAUUGGCCUGGCAGAAGACUCUCCACAGAUGCCCCUCAAGACUCUGCAUCCUCUUUUGGAGGACGGCUGCAUUGACAGCGAUGAGUCAGACCCACACAUGAAGGUGGGAUUUGUUGGGAUCUCAAACUGGGCCCUGGAUCCAGCAAAAAUGAACAGGGGGAUUUUUGUGUCCCGUUGGGACCCAAGUGAGAAUGAGCUGGUGGAGACAGCACAAGGAAUUUGCUCAUCCUCUAAACCCAUUUUGCUGAAAAUCAAGCACCUCUUCCCACAAUUAGCGAAGGUAUUUUUGAACAUUUGCUCCAAUAACCAGUUCUUUGGACUCAGAGACUACUACAGCCUGGUGAAGAUGAUUUUUGCUAUGGUGAAAAAAUCGGAGAAGGAACCCAGUGACAGUGAAUUGGCAGAGGCCAUCUUGCGCAACUUCAGUGGACAGUGUGGGGAUUUUGAUCCCCUCUCUUGCUUUAAGGAUAUCUUCCAAAACUUCAAAGAAAUUCCUUGCCCUACAACAUUAGCUAUGGUUGAACAGAAUCUUGAUUGCCACAACAACGAAAGUCGAUAUCUUCUUUUGCUCACAACCAACAAUGCUGCCCUUCACAUUCUGGAGCAGCACAUCUUUUCCAAGGGCAGGUAUCCAGCUCCUGAAAUUAUCUUUGGAUCAGGAUUCCCCAAAGACCAGGAGUACUCUCAGAUCUGUCGCAAUGUCAAUCGAGUGAAGACGUGCAUGGAGACUGGCCGCACAGUCAUUCUUCUUAACCUCCAGAAUCUCUACGAGAGUCUGUAUGAUGCGUUAAACCAGUACUAUGUGUAUCUGAGUGGACAGCAGUAUGUGGACCUGGGACUUGGGUCACACAGAGUGAAAUGUCGAGUUCACAAGGCUUUCAGACUUGUGGUGGUGGAAGACCAGGAGAAAGUUUACAAACAGUUCCCAGUGCCUCUUAUUAACAGACUGGAAAAGCACAGGGUGAACAGGAGUACCGACCUCACACCUUGGCAGCUCCAACUCCUGGAAAAGCUCAAGGGAUGGGUCAGGGAAUUUUGCCAGAACUCAAAAGUGCCAAAAGUGGAGUUCAAGCCAUCAGAGGUCUUUGUGGGUUUCCAUAGUGAUGCUUGUGCCAGUGCUCUCCUGCAGGCAUUGGAGAAGAGAGACAAGGUGAGGUGUGAGAUGGCUCAAAAUGGUGAAGAUGUCAAAGAUAGUGUGCCAAAAGAGCCAGUCAUUGAGGACCAGGCAGCAGCUGACAUACAGAGAGAUGGAAGUGAACUUAUGGAAGCUGUUGGUGAUGCUGAACGUGAGGCCCUUGACAGCAUUGACCAGUCAGAUGAAGUGAUGCAGAGUCUUCCAGGUCAAGAAGACAUUUUCCCAAGAGGGUUUCAAGGCCAAGAACAAGAAGAAACUCAUUCAAGAAUGGCUGUAGAUGAAAAACAUGUUUCUGAAGAAGAAGAAUUGCCAGGUUCUUCUCUAAAGAGAGAAAGGGAUGAAACUGAGCAAAUGGAUUUAGAUACAUAUGUGAUUGAGGAGGAACGUUCUGGAAUGACAGAUGACAAAAUGGAGGAAGAAGUCUUUGACAUUGCUAAGACUUUCCUGUUGAACUCUGCUACACCUGACUCUGUGCUGAGACUAAAAUAUUCAUACUUGGGGAAUCAGGAGAAAGAGGAACUUCAGCAAAUGUACUUCCACCAACAGCACCAUCGCUCCUUGAGAGAUUUCAUUAACAACCAUCUGAACCAGUCUAAAGGCCACUGCAGAUUUGUAGAGAUAACUACAUUCUCCAGUUUGCUCACCAAAGCUGAUGUGCGCACCAUAGCCCAGGCUCUGGGCCUAACCACCGAAAGACUGCUUCUACUCUCCCUUCAUCAGUUUGACACAGAAACCUCUUUCUGCAGCAAAAUUCGACUCUUUCUACAUAAUGCUGGUCGGUCUCUCCAUAUCUUACUGGUUCAGAUGGACACGGAAGAAUCCAAGCACAGUGAGGAACUUAUAGCAUCAGCAAAGUACUGCACCAUGAAUGAAAUGAUCUCCGUAGGGUCAGACGAGUCCUUUUGUUUUGUGAUCUUCAUCACUAAACUCUCUAGAAUGACAGGUGGUCCUCAAUACAUCGGCUUUCAAGGUGGUGUGUGGCGUUCCAUGCACAUUGAUGAUCUCAGAGAUACUGAAGACAUGAGUUUAGACCUUUCUGCUUUCUGUGGAGCCUCAAUGAGCGAGCUGAUGUCUCAAUCACUUCCCAACCCAGAUGCCAUGACCACAGAAGACAGUUCUGUUACUUCAAUGGGGAUCAAAGAUGGAGAAUUUGCACAUCUGGAUAGUUUGUCCCUUGUGAGAUCCUGUAUUCAGAAGGCUGUGUCACUGCUGAAAGACCCCCAGAGCCCCAGGAGUAUGGAACGUGUAGGCAUAGUUAUAGGCCUUCUGGGAGAAUCCCAUGGAAAAUCCAGUGCAGCACGUUUUCAGAAGGUGUUAAUGAGGAGACUCAUAGACACCUUGGCACAAAGGGAAGAAGUCAUACCUAAUCCUAAAGACUGGGUGAACAUGGAGGCCAACAAGCGCCAAGCUUUGCAGGAGAGUGGCACUCUAAGACAUACACUUUGGCGAUGUCUGCAGUCAACACUUACCCCAGUUUUGGCGCGUAUCCUUGAGGUCCUUGACAGAAACGCUAACCUGGACCUAGCUUACUGUGCCGGCCUCAGUGAGGGCUUGAUUGAUUUUUGGUUGGACAUCCUCGAUGACAAGCAAAUACUGGACCUAACCUUUUCUCAGACAUCGAGUGUAUCAGAAGAGGAGAUUACUGUGCAGAGUAAUAUGAUGUUGGGUCGUCAAGAGCGACCAUGUGGAGCUCCAUUCAGCUGGCUCAUCAGGUCAUACUACCAGGAACUGUGGGAGGAAUCUGAAUUUGUUCCUGGCGACCAUCAGGACAGCAGUCAAAGGAUUCAACAGUUUGUCACCUCAGCGUCCAACAGCAAGUUGGGUGACUACCUGGGGAAGCUCUCAGAGCAAGAUCGUCAUGAAUUUGGCCUGCGCUAUUUGCGUGACUUUGUGCUGUUGUCUUUCAAAGUUCAGUCGGAGGAGGAACUUGCGGUUCUGACCAAAGCAGAGCUGGGCUGCGUCUUUGCUCUGCAGCAAUCCAUGUCCGUCACCUCCGAACUCUCUCCUGCCUGGGUUCUUGCCUCAAACAGACAUUACGCAUCUCGGUUGGAGACUCUAUUUCACAUCCUGCAGCUGCAGCCCCAUCUAGCAGCUGAGAUUAUAAAUAAGGACUCACAAAGGGAGGCCACUGAAAUGAGAGAAGACAUUUGGGCACUUGGAAUGUGCGUGGAAGAGACCAAGCUUCAGGCAGUGACCUCUUUGCAAGAGUGCCAGGAGUUCCUGCAGAGAGUGCAGGUUUUGAAGCCUUGUGUGGAGAGGGCAUUUGGGCAAAACUACAGCGCCAUCUGCAGCCCUGGAUGCCUCCAACACUUGAAUGACAUUCGGUCUGUGUGGUGUGGAAUGCUUGUAGUUGCUGCCUUUAUUGAGCAGGUGGUCCUAGAAGUCAAAAACAACGAUGAGAGAGUGGAGGCCCUGGCACUCAAACACUGCAGCCUGAUGCAUAAGUUGAUGAAGGAGUCUCUUGAUCUGCAGAGCAAAGACGCCCUGCAGCAGCUUAUCCGUAUUCUGAACUCCUACCACGAGGAGUCCAUCAGCAGAGACUUAAGGUUUGGGUUGCCGUGUCCAGUUUGCCUGUGCGCUCUCACAGAGCCGUGUGUUCUGCCCUGCGAGCACGUCUUCUGCCUCUCGUGCCUCCAGAGAAGCAUUCAGGGGGGUGGAGACAAGCGCUGCCCCAAGUGCAGGGUGGAACUGCCAUCGGACUUCAAGCCAACUGUCUCUCAGAGUAUCAAGAGAUCACUGGAGCAGCAUAGCCUCAUGAGGCGGUGCUGUAACUCCUUCUUCCUGGAGGUGGUGUCUCGCUUCUGCUUGUGUGAGGGGGGGAGGCCCACGGAGGAGGCGGUGGAGCUGCUCUUCUCACUCCUCAUCUCUGCACAAGGUGAUGUGUAUAAGACACGAGAGCUCACACCUUUCCUGGAGUGUGUUGACCAGAGCCCAGUCGUUCGCUCCGUACUCCCCAAACUCCUGCUGCAGUACAGCUUCCAACAGGUAAAGGGUCACAUCCAGAGUUACCUACGGAACCUGGAGGAGCACCUGAUGGAUGCAGAGGACCGCACUGAGCUCUACCUGCUGUUUGUCAACUGUUUCCAAGAUGCCCUGCGCUGCUCAGCUGGACCAUUAGAGGACGGGGAGGGGCAGCAGAGGUCUCUGCAGGAGGAUGCUGCCUUCCUCAGCCGCCUGGCCCGCAGGCAGAUACCCAACAGGCAGCAGGACCCAGCGGAAUUCCUCCUUUCCUUGGCCCGACUGAGACUCUGCAUGGCCACCGCUGGCAGGCUGUUACAGAGUGUUUUGGGGCAACCACAGGGUGUGCUUGGAGAGUUGGAGCAGAAGUACCUGGAGCAGGUGAAGGCGGUGUGUGAGUACAGUGGGAACGGCUGGUACCGCGUGUACCUGCUGCGGACGCUGAACAGGCUGGCUGGCAUGGACGGACUUCUGGUCCUGAUGAACAGCACCCUCUGGGCCUGGGCCUUCCCUCCAGACGUCGUCCGACUGCAGAGGCUGAUUCCAGCAGAUGUGGAUAGGUACUUGUGCUGUGGACAGUCUUACCGGACGCUCAGAAACGGUGUUGGACAGGCACUGCUGGACACAAGGACAGAUGCCCUGAAAGCUGUCCUCCAGGCUGCAGGAGGCUCCAGAGCAGCUGGCCUGGUGCUUCUCCCUCUGGCCGUAUUCAGACAGGUCACCUGCCGCCUGGUAUCCCCAGACCCCAACCUCCAUCCAAGACCACAGGAGAUCAGGGCCUUAGAGGACUUCCUAAAAGCUAACGUAUCUGGUAACCUGGGACGCUUCUGCACUGCUCUGUUAUCCAAUCGGAUUGGAGGUCCAGGCUCUCCCCUGGGGCUGGUGAAAGGGAUGUCUGCUCAGCGGCGCACCCUGCUGGAGCUGCUGGUCCACGCAGGCAGCGUUCUCCACAGUGGGAACCGUCUGCUCUCUCAGCUCCAGCUCAUUGCUUCACAGCCUCAGAACAUGACGCAUGCAUUUUUGCCAACCAUGCCAGAUGACUACAGCAGUGAAGCACAACAGUGGAUAUUGAGUGGGAAGGAACGUAAUAACCCGAAGAUGUACCGAUGUGCCAAUGGCCAUAUCUGCUUUGUUGGAGAGUGUGGAAGACCUCUGGUUGUAUCCAAAUGUGCCGAGUGUGGCAUUCAGAUUGGUGGCCUGCAACACAACCCUGUGGAUGGAUUCUCCCUCGUCACCGGAGGAGUGACAGAUCAGACCCGACCCGGGCACAUCCUGGGAGAGGCCAGGCAGAGGUCGGAGGCCCCCAACAGGCAGAUGACUUCAGUCCAGUCCUGCCUGCUCAGGCUCCUCACCCAUCUGGCCAUGCUGCUGGGCGCCGCUCAAGAUCCGCAGGGAGUUGGUGCAAUGAUACAACCCCGAGUCCACAAUGUCAUGGAGUUUCUGUAUAAACACCUGGAGAAGGACAUGGAGGUUCUGGGUCGAACUCUUGACCUGAACUUAGAUGACGCUGCCAUCACUAUUCACCUGAUUCUAGAUGCCUCUGCCAGAGAUACUCACCAGCAGAGGGCAGACCUGGCCUCCAAACAGGGUCGAGAGCAAUGGGAGAGAAAUGUUCGUGAUUCUCUCAUCAGUCCUACAAUUCAGAAUCUGAAAAGGAAUCUGAUACAGGCUCAGAAGGACAUCAGCGCAGACGACAGAUUGGCUGGCAGCCCCCUCAUGAGGCUCCUCCACUCUGACCCUCGGCCAAUGCUGACCCUGCCCUCUGACUGCCCUACCCACCACUCCUCCUUCUGGAACAUUCCAGAGCGCCUGAGUGUGGAGCGCCUCACGCAGGUGGUGGAACAGAGCCGUGACCGAGCCUCAGUGCCGCUGCUCUCCCUCUUCCUCAAGAAGGUGCCCUGUGUGAGGCAGCUGGGCCGGCUGCUGGAGCUGGUGGCCCUGCAGGUGGACCUCCUCAGGGUCUUCCCCACCGAGACAGAGCUGUCCUCCCAGACCAUCUCUGAGGUGCUGCAGCACAUCCGCAAAGGCCAUCAGAAGACGGCGCUUUCAAGGGUCAAGACUUUCAUCAAUGUCUGGAACAGCCUGAGGAUGGAGCUGGCCAGAGACUCUGAGAGAGGUGUGCCACAGGAUCUGUGUGAAAAGGCCCUGUCGAUGGAGAGCUCGGGGGCGUACCUGUCUCCUAGUCGCCAUGGGCCAGGCUCCUGUCUCCGAGUGCUCAUCGACUUCCUGUCUGACGCUCACAACAGUCUGGUCAGGGAGGCCCGGGGGCUGAAUCAGGAGAACAGUGAAUACAGCAUCACUGUGGAGGGGCUGUCAGAGACCCAGCUCGCCCUGUGUCACCCGGAGCGUGAGCUGCUGCCCCUAGUGUUGGCCCACUGUCAUUACACCCUGGUGAAGGGGAGAGAGACGAACACGAGCUACAACCUGCUGGCCAUCCAGAGAGACCUCUGCCGCCGAUUCCUGGCAGGAAAACCUCUCAUCCAAGUGGACACUUCAAAGUACCUGAACCGCCACCAGCAGGAUUUCUCUGUUGUCCUUGCUGAUGUCAGCCGUAAAAUACCCCAGGAACCUCUAAAGGGCUCUGUGCUUGGAGACAUGAAGGUAUUGCUGCGGUCUUUCACUGACGUCUGCGAUGCUGUGUUCGCUGUGGAGAUUGGCCUGCGUUUCCUGGGAAAGACCGGUGGCAAAGGGGACACUCUACUGGUCCCGUACCUCAGGGACUCACUUGGAAUGGACCAACAGAUCUCCAGCAACAUGGCCAAGGCGCUGGGGGAGAACAGCCUGCAGCACUGUGUGGCCACCUGGCAGUUCCUUACCUGCUGGAAAUCAGAGCUGAUGCUGAGGAGAGGACAGGACCCCUUCCAAAGCCUCUCCCCGGAGUUCCGGGAAAAACUGUUAGAAAAGGACAGGAGUGGAGUGAGGAGGUUCUUGGGCCUGACUGAUGUCUGCUUCUUUACCCGGGAAAUACAUGAGAUUCUCCUUCUGAAGACCAACACUGAGAGUCCAGAAUCUUAUGCGGCUCACUGGGACAUCAGAUCCACCCUGGAGACCCAUCUGGAGCAGAAGGCCAUGUCACCCCCACCCGAACUCGAUGCUCUACCAGAGGAAUUAACUCUGGCCAAGGCAGCAGAGAUCUGGAAGAUUGCAGUGGCAUUCAAAACAUGACCAUUUGCGGCUAUGUGUGGCUGAUCCAUCGGGCACAAACCAGACUUAAGUUAUCAAUUCUUAGGACUAGUUAUUAGUUAUUUUUCUUGUUUAUACAUUUGUUUCCUAAUUCUGUUUUAAAAAGCAGGUACUUUUGUUGUUAAAGUCUGUUUACCUUUUAUUUUAAUUUAAAUUGAAUGUGCAUUCAAUAUACAGCACAUACAUUAACAGCAGGCUUACAUAAAUGAAAAACACACACUUAGGGGAUGACAGUUUUAUUUCUUGCACUUAUUUCUUUUUUAUGCCUUAGGUAGCCCUUCGGAUGGUAGGCCUACCUAGUACAUUUCUGAGUUGUAAAUAUUAAGUUUUGUACAUAUAAAUUCUGGAUAUGCUGGGUUUUAGAUAAUACUUUAUAAUGGUAAAUAUUCUAUUUCUGGCUUGUAAUAGAAGAUACAUUAAUUUUCAAUAAUAUCUAAACAACUUGUUUCGGUGCCUUAUUCCUUCUUCAUGCAAAUUCAUCUUGAUUGACGGGGAACUUUGAGGUAACAAAGUUAAUUUGUCAUUGCUUAAUUUUGACCAGGCCAACUUGAAGGUCUCAUUGUGUCAAUAAAGUGUUCCCUUAUAACUCUGUUUGAAUAUUUCCUUGUCAGUGUCCCUUUAGUUUUGUCUUAAGAAUUUUCAUACAACUUAUAGGUAGCAUAAUGACUUGCUUUCUGUCUUGACUGAAUUCAUUCUUGUAUACGUGAGCAUAGGCAGUGAAUUUAUAUGAAUACAAUAAAAUACAAUUGUUUUGUCAUGAA